UUUCAUGAAAACAUGAAUCAUGAAAGUUGGAUGGAGGUAUUUAAAAAAAUAUAGUCGCCUCUCUUCCCCCCCCCCCCCUCUUUUACUUCUUUUGGGAGACACGAUGUAGAUGUACUUGCUUAAAUCUUCUUCCUCCAAGCCAGAAUGGGACAGGAGGCAUGUGCCCCCUACGAAGUAUAAGCAAUAACCUGUGACAACUGUUUCACGUAACUGUUAUGUUGUUUGGUCUAUUUCAAGGUUCUAGGGCAAUUCAUGUAGAGCAGAAGCGUGGGGAGAUUGGCCAUCAUGGACCAGGGGCAGAAAUUGAAAUCUGUCAACAGAAUCUUAAUGCCACUGUUGCCGGCAGUCAACUUGAUUCCUGCUAAAGGGUCCCUUAAUGGUGAAAAUGUGGCAUUGUCAAUGGCAAACAGUUCUUUCUUGCCCCGAAAGGCACAAGGCACAAUGAAUUUUGCAACUGUUGGUAAUGUUGCCAGUAUCUUGAGUACAGAAAUCCCCACUACCAUUAUUCGACCUCCUGUAGUAUCUGCUCAAAACCAAGUGGACUUUGGCAAUCCUGGAUCUACCUUCAUGAUCUCUCUCCCCAAAGGAACUACUUGCAAUACAAAUGCAUCAAAGCCAAAGAUGUUCAAUGCUGCAAGUGAAAGUUCUUCAGGCCCUCUUCUCCCGGGGUGUGAUGAGGUUGACCUUUUCCAGUGUGGAAAAUGCAAGAAGCAAUUCUUCAACCUCAGUGAUUUCAUGCUCCAUAAGAAAGCCUGUAGAGGAAUUUUGGGUUUGGAAAGGAUGAACAAGUCAUCCAUUGAUUUCCAAGAGGAACAGUAUUCAUCUCAAACUGGAGGUCCCUGUGGGCAGUCUUCACCAGAUUCAGAGUUUGCUGUGGAUGCAUCUAAUCAAGUCCCGGAAGACGAGUUGAUAUACUCUUCCACUGAAGAUGGUGCACAAGUUUCACAGCAUCUGGUAUUGACAGAGACUGACAUUCAGGCCUUGAAUUUGGAUAUAGAUUCUGCUGCACUUAUGAAUGGCUCGGUGGAGACUACAUUCACGAUAGCACCAGAUGGUACUGUUAGCAUCAGGGCUCCUCCUGUGAUGCCAAUCAUGAUGUUGAAUGAAGGAUUCCUGGAGGUAGCUGCAGGAGUUGGAGCUGGAAGUCUGACUGCUAAUUCAAAUUCCUGUCAGAUAGGGUCCAGAUCAGAUCUGAUAAGCUCUGUUACUGUUCUCCAGGAUGAUAAAGGAUUUGAUGAAUCCAGUGAUCAGUCUACACAUUCCAAUCAUGGAAAUGUAGACAGGAAGAAAUUCCAGUGUCCAGUCUGUCAGAAGUCAUUUUCAAAGAACUUUGAUGUAAAACAACACUUGAGGACUCACACAGGAGACAAACCGUUCCAAUGUGUAGUGUGUGGUCGUGCUUUUGCUCAGAAAUCAAAUGUUAAGAAGCAUAUGGCUAGUCACAAGGUGUGGCCAAAUACUUUGAGGAAAACUUUGCCUGUCCAACCAAUUCGUAAGAUCAAGAUGCCUCUACCACAAGGAACCACAAACAACUCUCCAGUAGUUCGUUUUCGUACAGUGGAAACAGUGGCACCUGGGUUGAGAGUGACUUCAGAGGAGAAAGACAAUGGUGUUGUUCAUGUCAUUGUGGACAACUCAUACAUCUGCCAGUUUUGUCAGAGUAAUUUCGCAUCCUACAACGAAAUGAAGAAACAUAUGCAAAUUCAUGCCAAGGACAAGGUGUAUUGUUGCAUCCAGAAAGACUGCAAACAUACAACAUCAAACUUGGAGGAGUUUCUGAAUCAUGUCCAUGGUCAUAAGGAAAACAUGGAAUAUCAUUGCCAUGACUGUGGAGAAGUUUUCACAUCACUCUCGCAAUUGGGGCUUCAUCAGAGGAAUGAACACCCACCAAAACUGCCUUCUUCUGAUGAAAAGACUGUACCAAAUGUGUUCACCUGUCAGAAAUGCCCAGCUAAGUAUGCCACAGCUGAAGCUUUGAAGAGCCAUAUGGUAACAGAAUCUCAUCAUCAUCCAUGCAUCAACUGUCAGAAGGUGUUCUCUUGUGAACGACUUCUUAGACGACAUCUUCAAAUUCAUUCAACUAUGAAUCGCUUCAAGUGUACAGUCUGUGACAAGUCUUUCAAACGUCUGCACUAUCUCCGGGUUCAUGAAGUCAUCCAUAAGCCUGACAAGCCAUUUAAGUGCUCUGACUGUUGUGCUUCGUUCAGUCGCAAGGAUCGGUUGAAGAGGCACGAGACUAUUCAUGAAAAGGUGGCUCGAUUCAAAUGCCCCUUCCAAAGUCACACUGGCUGCAAGAAAGAGUUCAGGCGCCCAGAUAAACUCAAGGCCCACAUCCUGACCCAUAGCUCUUCCAAACCAUUCCGCUGCAAGUCUUGUGAUAAGACCUUUGCCAAGAGAGUGACUUUGAGGACACACACAAAGCUUGUACAUAUCAAAUCAGGUGUGACCUCUCAAGACACCUCUGUGCCUCGUGAUUCUGCUGAGAAAGAAGACAAGAUCUUCUGCUGUCCUUCUUGCCAUAAGGGUUUUGGGAACAAGGUGCAUCUCGCUGUGCAUGUGUGCUCCAAGAAGCCCAAAGAAGAGAAAGAUCUUGAAGAAGUCCAGGUUGAUGAAUCCAGUUCUGAUUCAUAGUACACCAUAGGUAGAGCUUGUCCUGGCUGGCAGGAGUUCAUGCUGUGUUAUGAAAAGGUUUCUCUAUCCUGUUUCACCUCUCAUCCGUCACUGGAGAGCUUCCAGUACUGUGGUGGUUGUGUCAGGUAAAGUUUCUUAGUUUAUGUAGUACAAGUACAUUUCUGUUUUUUUUCUUGUGUUUCUGUGCAGUUUCCCUGCAUAUGAAGAAGAAAACAUGGAAUGGACCCCCUCUUCUUGGAAGCAGAAAAUAAAUCUCACUAGUCAAUUUGCUGAUGCAGUUUUCUAUUGGUCCAUGAAAAAAAAUUUGCCCUAUGCACCACCUGAGAUUGCUGGAGUCAUUAUGGUCUCAAAAUAAAAAACUUUUAAGUCAGGUAGUGAAACAUCUAAACUCGGCUUCUGAUGUAAAUCAUGAAAUCGACAUGAUUCAAGAUUAAUAUUUAAAUGACGGUGAGGUGAUACUCAUGAAAGCUGAAAUUUCAUUGUGAAAUCAUCUUUUUCCACCAAAGUAUUGAAUUGUGAUUUCAAGUCAUGAUCACCAAAUCACAAAUUAGAUCAAAUGCUGAUACUGCUUUUAGUUACUGAGACAUGAUGCAGAUGCAAUCCAGUAUACGAUUUAAAUAAGAUUAGAAUAAAAUCGUGAUUUUGCCAACCUAUAAUUUAAGGACCAUAAAAGGGUAACUGAAAGAGUUUAAAUCAAUAAAACUUACUGAACAAAAUCAAAAUGCAUGUAACUAGUCCAGCAUGGUCUCAGUCAGUGCAUAGGACCUUGUGCAGUGGAAGUAUUUGGUGUUUGCAGUUUAAGCAUGGUGAUUAUUUAUAUAUUUGUACUGUCUGAUUCCAAUCAGCUCCCUGAUAUUCAGUGGUUGUGUCUGUAUUGUUGUCAUGUGCUCAUUGUAUUCUCAUUGACAAAAAAAAAAAAACAAAAUGGGAC